GGCUUGAAAAAGAGAGUGGUGGACCUGCAGCCCUGUACACAGACAGACAGUCAGCAGCAAGGAAGGACCAAACACUCAUCACCACAGCUCUCUGCUCUACUCCAGCCCCACAGAGCCCAGCAGGUAGACCUCAGCAGACCUGAACCAGACAUCUGUCCUCACUCUCUCUGCAGCAUGUUUCUUUGGAGGCUCCCCCGGGCGGCGUGCGUGCUGUCGGCGUGCGUGUGUCUGCUGCUGGCGUACGAGGAUGAUAUCGAGGUCAACUACGCUGACCCCUUCUACAAUGAAAUCACAGAGAGCGACACGCCAGAACCCACACCAACCUCGGCUCCCUGCAGCUCUCCAGAACUGACCAAAUGGGACAAAAUGUUCUCCAUGCUGGAGAACAGCCAGAUGAGGGAGAACAUGCUGCUUCAGUACGCAGACGACAUCAUCAAGGUGGAGAUGGGCUCGUUGCGCAAUGAAAUGCUCAGGUUUGUAGCUCAGUACGGCGGCUCAUGCGGGGUUGCUGUGGAGUCAGCAGGGAGACGGAUGGCCUUGCACCUGGAGGGCCGCCUCAAAGAAACCUUGGAGCGUCUCCGAAUCAAAGACCACACUUCCCCUGCUGCUGCUGCUGCUGCUGCGGUGAAUUCCGUCGGGAAUUCCUUCCACCUUGAGGGGACGCUCCAGCAAAUCCUCACCGCAACACGCAGCCAAGCCUCCCGACUCGCCAAGCUGGAGAUCGGCUGCUUCAGCCACCCCGGAGCUGGGACGGGCGUCAAUUCAAAGAUCGGCUCCCUGUUUCCAGAGGUGGGAGCAGCUGGGAAUCAAGAGCAAGACGUGACGUCACGAGAUGUGACUUUAGACGCGGUGCUGGCCGCGCUGCAGCAGACCAAGGCGCAGCAGGAGGAGGUGAUGAGGUCAUCGAGGCAGAGAUUCCUCCCCGCAGGUUGUGAGACGGCUCUGCUCUUCCCCAUGCGUUCCCGUCGAAUCUACACAGCCGUCCUACCAGAGGUCCCUCUCUCCCUCUCCUCCUUCACCGCCUGCAUGUGGGUGAAACCAACCGCCGUCUCCAACAAAACCGUACUUUUCUCUUACGGAAACCGCCGCAACCCUUAUGAGAUCCAGCUUCUGCUCGCACAAUCGUCAGCGCUCUUCACCAUUGGAGGAGAGGCUCACCUGGUGGAGGCUCGGGGUGUGGUGAACCCAGAAGGUUCAUCGGAGUGGAUGCACCUGUGUGGAGCUUGGUCCUCCAAGCAGGGCCUGGCGUCCCUGUGGGCAGGCGGGAAAAAGGUGGCGUCCACCCCUGGGGUUGCAGAAGGACACGUCUUACCCGACGGAGGCUCGCUGCAGCUUGGUCAGGAGAGGAACGGCUGCUGCCCCGUGCCUUCAAACAUGGGGAGUGGGAUGCCAGGGUUCGAGGGAGGGUUCGACCACAAGCUGGCGUUCGCAGGGAAGAUGACGGGGGUGAACAUGUGGGACAGGGUGCUGUCGGAGGAGGAGAUUUCCCAGCUGGCUCUGCAGGAGGGGCAGGGCUGUGCAAAGAGAGGGAAUGUGGUGGCGUGGGGAGUAACGGAGAUGGUGCCACAUGGAGGAGCUCAGUUUAUCAACUAGCAGGCUCGCUGUGGUGGAAAUAGUCAGCAUCAUCAUCAGAAUCAUCAUCGUCAUAACAGCAACAUCUUAACCAUACUCAGAAUGGAAAACUGCUAGUCUCAUCACACUCUUGGUCCAUGUAGUUAUAUUCUGUGUUCUUUUCAAUUUCCAUCUUCCAUAUAGUCACGAACAAUGAUGCUGCAAUGGACUUGACUGAAAAUGUUCAAACAUGCGAAAGCUGCAAGAACAGGGGAGUUUAUUUCUGUAGCAUACCCUUUAAAAUCUGAGGACACACAACACACAUCACAAUGACGUGCCUUGUAUUGUAGGAGGAAAUGUGCUGCAUGCAGCAUUUACCAAAGAUUUAAUUAGACUCUGAGGAAGACAAAGAGUUUAUUGUGAACAUGAACGUGAUGUGGGAUCAUCAGAUGGCCAUGCAGGAGAUGAAAACGAGAGGUCAAGGACUGGUAAAUGAGAAAAUCCUGCAAUUCAGCUCUCUGAAAAUUACUUAAAACCUUUAUAGACUCAAAGAUCAACUAAAAACAAAGGUACCAUGCUAAUGAGUAAAUAAUCUGCCAUCAAAAUAGAGUGCUGCAGGAAUGAGUCCAAAAAUCGAGAAACGAAUUUGCAUUUUAGUGCCUACUGUUCCAGCGCCUCAAAGUCUAUGGCAGUAAUCAUCACCUGGCAGGCCACAUCAGGCCCCCACAUCUUCCCAACCAGCCCCCAGAACAUGAUCGCAUUCAGAAAUAUAAAGAGGAAAAAAUAUUUGGAUGUAUAAAACGCUGAUCAAUGGCUGUCAGAUGACCACACAGCUCCUCUGCAUGGCAAUGGGAAGCCUAGGCUAUUCUGACCCUUACCCAGUCAUUUCAUAGCUGAAGAAGCCUUUCGGAGAAAGGUGAAACGUCUUCAAAUAGUUGUAACCGGUCCAGUUGCCACUUGAUCUGCAUUGGAUAACCAUGACCUGGAUAACUGAGAUCCUACACAGAUAUUUGGAUGUCUAAAAAAACUGAGAUUAAGAAAAUGCCCAGAUUGGCCAUUACUGGCAAAUUACACAUACUUUUGAGUUCAUUCUUGAUUAAAACUGUGCUUUUCUUUCAAAUUCAGAUGUCAAUACUAGAAUCAAUACUAAAAACCUUGCAUGUUUAUUUCUCACCAAUCAGGACACACAUGUUUCACAUUAGCAGAACAUAACAGCCCCAGUCCCCAGCAAAAAUAUCUCAAUUGCCCCCUUGUGGCUGGAUACGGUAAAUGGACUGAUCUCAUUUUUAGAGGCUUACCCUAACCCUAACCUUAAAGCAUCCAUCAAGGAAAAAACUGACCCAUCCAUCUGGUCUAUGUAAUCUUUGAGAAGUUGUCAAGAUACUUGGAAAAAAGUAAAAGUAAACACAGAUUUUUUCAUGUCUUACAGAAGGUGGUUGCAAACAUUAGCUUAGUAAUGGGGUGCAGGUGGCCUAGUGGUUUAACGCGCUCCACGUACGUGGACGCCCCAGGUUCGAAUCCGGCCUGGGGCCCUUUACCGCAUGUCUUUCCCCCGCUCUCAUCAUUAGCUAAAAACAUAGCUAAGUAAAGCUGGGCUUACACUAUGCAAUUUCCAGAUGAUUCAUGCACAAAUUUUGAGUUGCACGACUCAAAUCAAGACAACUUGACCGUGCUAUCCAUGAAUCGAAGGUUAGAGAGCCACGGAAAUGAUGCAUGUGCUGCUCAUUGCAUUGCAGGUGAGGUUUUCAUAUCAAUUUACUGCCCAAGACUCCUUCUGAAGAAGAGGUCAAAGUUGGAGUUUAGCGAUGCUGGAGUCAGUCGACUGUGGUGUACUUACUCUAUAACCCAGUAUUAGCUCCUUCCACCAAUCAAAUUCACACAUAAAAGUUCUGAUGUUGUGUUUAGUUGUGAAGAUUAUCUUCAUGAACAAAGCCAGUACGUUGCCAUAGACUUGCCUGUUGUCUUUCUGUUGAUGGAACCAUCAGCGUUCUUUCCACCAUCACCCCUGCAGCUCUCCAUAACAUAUAAAACACCUUUGUGCCCUUAACUUGCUGGACUUGUUUUCAUCGUCACAUUAACAUUCAAGUACAGAAAUAUCUCCUCACUACAUGAUGUUUUUUUCUUUAUUUUAAUUCCCUGAAUUUGUGAAAGCUUUUAAAAGCAGUUAUCUUUCCAAACUUGUACUCAUGAAAGUGUUUACAUCUGUAAUUCCUGUACUACUUUGUUAGUUCUCGUUUGUAGGUUUCUUAAUGUAGGGUAAUUAUGUGUCUUCUUUUUAUACUAAAUAGAGUAAUAAGAGUAAAACAGUUUUAUUUGUAACGUGAGGUUUAAUUGUGUUGUUUGUGAUGAAAGAAACUGAGGAUAAUGUUUACAUAAUCUCAUCUUUUAUGAGCUAAGCUGUCUUGUAUAACUGUAAAUUCAAUUAUUUUUUUCUUGUGAAAAAGUGAAAGUGAAUGUAUUUUGUAUAUAAAUAUAUUUUGCUUAACAUGAGUGGAUGAAAGGAGAGUGAGGUAUGAAUAAACAUUUUCAAGUUCCA